AUGACAGAUCAGUAUAUAGCAGAGACCGUCAAAGAAACAACAAAACAAAGAACAAGAAUUAGAAAGGAAUGUGAAAAGGAGGACGGCAUUAGCCGGAGGAAAUUUACUAGAAAUUAUUUUUUAACUACUGAUGAAAACCAGUCUAUUGAAAUAUGUCAAGCGAUGUAUCUUCAAACGUUUGAUUUAACUUUAAAAAAAGUAAGGAUAAUUGUCGAGAAAAAAAGAGCUAGUCAAUCUAAUAUCUGCCCAAUGGAUGGGAGAGGAAAGCAUUUCAAACAUUCUAAAAUCCAGACAGAUAGAAAAGAUGUGAUUAGGAAGCAUAUUAAUAGUUUUCCGGCUUAUAAUAGCCACUAUUCCCGGGAACGUACUUCCAAAAAAUACCUAAGUCCCGAUCUUUCAGUGGCAGAAAUAUAUCGUCUUUAUUGUAAAUAUUGCCGAAACAAUAAUAUAAACCAUGAAAAGGAGUCAAUGUAUAGAAAAAUAUUCAAUGAAGACUUUAAUCUUUCCUUUCACAGUCCGGCAAAUGACACUUGUGCUAAGUGUGACCAGUUUAAUGUAAGUCUAAGAAGUAUGGAAAGUAAGCAACUAACUAAAGAAGAAGAAGACGAACAGGGAAAGCUUUUAAUGGAGAGGGAAAAACAUUUAGAUUUAGCUGAGACUGCUUACAAGCAAAAGUCGAGGGGUUCUACUAGAAAUCGAAAAAACGAAAUGGAAAUUGAGCAACCAGAACCCAUUAAUUCAGAACCUUUGCCUCUAGCCGACAUUAAAGUAAAAGAUUUGUUGGGUUUACUACCGUACAUUAGUAAAUACAACAGGCCAUUUUAUCAAAAUCUUAAAAAAUCAAAUGACAUCGAUGCUGACAUUAUUCCAGUUCCAGACAUCAACGACUAA